UCUUUCAGGUGACUUUGACAUCCCUUCUUCUCGAGAGGACGUUGACAGAGACAGCUCAUGGAAUCAAUGGCUCCGAUCGGAGAUACCACAACUCUUCCUUCAGGCCAUGAAAGUCUUCAACGAUCACCCAGAGUUCACAGGCCUUAGGGGGCUCUGCCAGUUCCUGCAGUUUAUCCCCCUGCCUGACGAGGUGAUGGACUUCUUUAAGCCCGUUGCCGGUCAGAUUAUCCAGUUGCUCAAGGGCAAGGCCUUCCUGCCUACACUCAGCUCAGGCGGUCAGGUUGUGUACAAGCUACCAUCCCAAGUGGCGGUCUGUAAGGAUGCCGUGAUUCGCAAGGUUAUCAGCCAAGAGGAGCUGGAAAAGCAUCUGUUGCUGUCAUAUCUCCACCCCGGUCUAAGCCCCGCCCCUCCUGCCUCUCUCCUAUCCCACCUGGGUGUUCGGCACCUCAGGGGCUCCGAUGUCACCACGGUAACCACAGCCAUGGCCAAGGAGCUGAUGAAAGAAGAGACAAUCCACACAGAUGCUGGCCUGCGUCAGUUGGCCAGACUUCUUGUUUGCAACUUCAGAGCUGUGGAACACGGUUAUGGAGACGGGGACUCAAUUUUGCAGACGCUUAGGACUUUACCUAUAAUUCCUCUGGCUGACGGACGUGUGGUAGCGCUGGAUGGAGACGGUGUGUUCUUCCCAUUGGAACAAAGCAAGGAGAAGAAAAAGACAACCGAAGCCCAAACUGGUAAUUAUUAUUCUGCGAAUUGUGCUUGGUGAAGUUUUGGUCGAUGAAAAUCCUGCUGGAUUGUCACUUGUAAAUUUACU